UUCCGCACACCGGAUGUAGAUUCGACGCUGAAGAGACGCUUGAGAAAAUGAACUCCUGAAUAGCUGUCAAGAUUAACAUUUACAAACAUCUACGGGGCAGAUACGGAACAGUGACUAGAUAAGGCUUCGACACAUUUAUUAAGUUGGAUCUGACAGCUGGUCGCAGUGAUGGAGGCUCAGGAUAAUGCAGAUCAGGGCAGCAGCGAUCAAUCUGAAGCACAACGCAGAAGACAGCUGGACCGGCUGGACAGAGAAGAGGCCUUCUACCAGUUCGUCAACAAUCUCAGCGAAGAAGACUAUCGGCUCAUGAGAGACAACAAUCUGCUUGGCACCCCUGGUGAAAUUACGGCAGAUGAACUGUUAAACCGCCUUCGGCAGGUCAAGGAUGGCCCUGAGUCACCCAACAAUGGCUCCACUGAGGAGAGAAGGGAAGGGCCUGCUGCAACAGAGAUGGAGGGCACUGAGGAAAACCCCAGUGGGGAGACCCUUCUUGACUGGCUCAACACCGUACGACAGACGGGGAAUACAACGAGGAGCGGUAACCGGGGUAACCAAUCAUGGCGGGCCGUAAGCCAAACCAAUCCCAACAGCGGUGAUUUCCGUUUCAGCUUAGAGAUCAAUGUCAAUCGCAACAUAGCUGAGCAGCAAACGCAGACGGAAAGGCUGGAAGGGACCCAGGAGAGACCAGAUGGCCCUGUGUCUGAGCCGGAGAGUCUUAUGGAGACUGCAGAGGUGGUUGAGGAACCAGUGGUGGAUGAGCUGGCAGUUAUAGUAGAGCCAGAGCUUCCAGUUCCUAUCACCCUGUCUCAAAACACGGAAGUAAUUGCACCAAAUCCACAAUCUCCAGCUCCCCCAACUUUGCCCCCAGUAGAGCAACCACGUAGGGGUCAAAUUAGGGCUCGCAGUAGAAGCCCAGAGCAGCGACGGACAAGGGCUCGCACUGCAAGAGGUCACUCGCCGCUCAACCUCGAAAGAUUGGACGGACUUCCGCCUGCUCAGCACGACCUGCCUUCUCGCAAUCCUGAGAUCCUUCCAGAGCCCCAGGUCGAGGGAAGCUCGCGUACUCGGCAGUUGUUCCUGUCUAGGCAGAGCACAGUGGAAACGGAAACUCAAGAAUCGGAAGCAGCUCCCGAGUUACCUGGAGCACCGGAGGAGAGGGAGGCAACUGCUGGGGAAGCAGGAGCCCCAGGUCGUCGUCCUCCAACCAUAAUGCUGGAUUUGCAGGUACGCAGGGUGCGUCCCGGAGAGUACCGCCAGAGAGACAGCAUCGCUAACCGUACCAGGUCUCGUUCGCAGCCCUCCAACAACACUUUACUCUAUGAGACUGAGCGCGGGGGUUUCCGCCGGACCUUCUCCCGUUCGGAGCGGGCAGGAGUGAGAACGUAUGUCAGCACUAUCCGCAUUCCCAUUCGCAGGAUCUCGGACACUGGACUCGGGGAAGCCACUUCUUUGGCUCUGCAGUCUAUGAUUCGUCAGAUCAUGACUGGUUUCGGUGAACUUAGCUACUUUAUGGACUCAGACUAUCCAGACUCGAACCGUGACGACAGCCCAGCUGCAGACCUCACUGAUGGACUGGGUAACCCUGAUGCUUCCACCGGUGCCGCUGCAGGUGAAGCGGACUCCUACCUUCCUGGGAAUGGAGGCUCUAACCAGGGUCGUUUAGAGGCACGGACAGAGGAGAGGGAAGUGGAUGAUGGAGCGUCCGGUGCUAACAGUCCUCGGGAGAACCGAGGCAGACAGCGGGCGCCCAUUAGCUUGGAUGAAACUGGAUCUCUGCCCUUUCUGCGACUCGCACACUUCUUCUUGCUCAACGAGGAAGAUGACGACCAGCCCAGAGGUCUCACCAAAGAGCAGAUCGACAACCUGUCCAUGCGAACCUUCGGCGAGAACGAUGCGCUCAAAACCUGCAGCGUCUGCAUCACGGAGUACGCCGAAGGCAACAAAUUACGGAAGCUGCCCUGCUCUCACGAAUACCACGUGCACUGUAUUGACCGCUGGCUUUCAGAGAACUCGACCUGCCCUAUUUGCCGCAGGGCGGUUCUGGUUUCCACCAACCGAGAGAGUGUCGUCUAACCAAAGUUGGUUUUGUGGCACUUUGAUAUCACUUCCUUCCCUUUACAUUUAUUACCUAGUCAUGUGAGAACUCGUAUUGAGAUUUUUUUUUUUCCCAUGCAUCCUAUAUGAAGCCAUCAAUAAGUUUUAUCAGAUUUGCUGGUUUCCCCCAAUUUACACAUCAGUGUAUUUUGACCCAUCUUACAAUGGAAUAAAAUUGGUGCAAGGAUGGAGCCCUGAUCAUUUACUUGUACUGAACAUCAACAUUCAGCAAAAUUAUAGGUUGAGGGGCAAUGUAGAGUGGCACAUACACUUUCAUACUAAAAGAGAGAUUUGAGUUGUACUUUUAUGUGUUCCAUAUCAGAUUAUAACAAAGUUGGCGUUUUAAUAAAAAUGAAUAAUUUGAGGGUCAAGAUUAGCAUUAAGGAUCAAGAAAAGUGUAAUCUGCUCAUGCGCAAAUACAUUUCAAUUGGAAAAUACAUUGAAACUGCUGCAUCUAACAUGAUUUUGGUUUCAUACAGUGCUGGUUAUGUGUUGGUAUGAAAGCAUAGUGUGUGAUGUACCAGUUGCACCGUUAUCAUAAAUGGCUAAAUACAGACAAAUAGUAGUAAAUUAAACAGUAGUUCUGAGUGAAUUCGUCACCCUGUAUAGAAUAGACUUUGAUUUGGUUUAUGAAGGUGUUCAGUAAUACUGGUUUUGAAAAACAUUUGGCCAGACACUUUUUACAGUUACAAACACAAAAGGCUGUAAAUAUGCUACAUGGACGCAUCAGGUUGUAUUUCUGCCCGUCUUCCCAAAUGAUGAUGAUGAUGCAUCAGUUGGCUGACUCAAAUCUACUCUAUCUUAAUAAAAAACUUGGCUACGUAUAGGCAAUGUCGUGCAAUGCUAAUAAGGAAAAUGUAAAGGACGUUUUGACAUAUUGACUUGUAUGUUGUAGUCUGUAAAUAUUAACGUUUAAAAUGAAGACUUAAAUGGAAGUUUUUCUAACAGUUCUGUACAUUGAGAAUAGCAUCGUUUAUCUUACUCUGAGGAGGAAAUUAUUUUUCUCAUUAUGUAAUGGUUGGUUCAUAUGGGAGCUAAGGUCCUUUAGUCCCAUGCUAGAAAAACAAAUGCAGUGUUAUUUAGAAACAAUAGAUGAAAUAUCUAUCUAUAUUGUUUCUGUUGACUUGGGAUACUAACCCUAAGCAUAAUGUGCUCCACCAUGAGUUACGUCAACAUUUCAUGUAUCAUAAGCAAGCCAACCAUUGUUAAAAAUGCAUAUUCUUAUGUUCUGAGGUCAUGUAUUAUAAGAGCGAGUUACUCGAUAGAAUUUCGUAAUUUUGUCAGCAUCAUAUUUAUAGCUUAUAUUUUGAGUCAUCUUUUGACUUAGCUUCCAGUUUGCUGUGUUUAAAAUGAAUAAAAUUAUUUCCUCACUUGACCGUUUCUCUGUGGCCUCGCCACCACGUUGAGUGCUGCUGUGGAAUAAUUGAGCUUACAGUGAACCUCACAGCCUACUGCUAUAAGCCAGUCUAAUUUAGCAAUACAUACCACAUAAUAUGCUGUGAAAGUUUUGUUUUUUUUGGGGGGGGUUCUGCACAUUCUGGUUCAAGGUUUGUAUUGAGCAAUAAUAUUGGUUUUCCACAAAUGUUCAGCAUUAUUUUGAAUUCUAUUUGGAUUCUUCAGGUGACAUUUGCUUGUAUCACACCAGUGCUUACGGCACACAGACGUUGCACACUUUCUGCUUUCUGCUCGGAUGAGAGACAACUACUAAAUAUUGAUCAGUCUGUUCUGGCUUCAUCAAGCCAUAAUGUUAUUUGUAUAUUACAAUAAAAAAAACAUGU